AUGGCGACAAUUCGGCUGAUAAACUCUUUUUAUCAACCGAUCAAAUCCAGUGAAAUUGAAAAUGAAACAGUUAACCGUAAAGAAAUGAAGCUGAAGCCAUGGAAUGUGAAAACGGUAACUUGUUUUAUGUUUGUAAGUAAUUAUUUGUCGUUUCAGUUGAGCUGCCUGAUUUUAAUGCCGAAGUGGAAGGUUCAGUGUCAAGUUGUGUUAUCGAAG